CAAUCAGAAAAAAGAAAAAAAAAAAAAGCGAACGGCAAAAACCAAACCCUCAGAAAAAUAAAAUUUCCCUCUUUUCCACAACCUGCACAGCUCUUCAAAGCCUUGAAAACCCCUUUGGCUCCAUUCCCCAUUCCAUAAUAAAAAUCCCUCUUUCCUCUCUUUCCUCACUUUCAUAGUUCAUUUUUUUUUUUCUUACAGAAACCGAAUCAAACAUAUAGAGAUAAUAUUAUUUUGUGCCAAGCUAUUACUGAUUAUGCUAAUUAACUUCUCUUCAUGUCCGGUACCCACUUUUCAUUGAGUUAUGGUAACUGGGAGUAACCAUAUUCAAAACCAUAACCACCAAGAAGAUGGGGAGAAAAACCCAACUAAGGGAGGAGCUUCUAGGUCGUGGGGCACGAUCGUUUCAGGUCAAUCCGUUUCGACUAGUGGUAGUGUUGGCUCUCCCUCGAGCCGGAGUGAGCAAGCUAUGGCCACACCUGGCAGUGAGAACACCUUUUUAAGAUUGAACCAUCUCGAUAUUCACGGAGAUGAUGCUGGAUCUCAAGCUGCUGUUGGUAGUAAAAAGAAGAAGAGAGGCCAACGUGCAGUUGGAGGUGAUAAGAGUGGCAGAGGACUCCGCCAAUUUAGCAUGAAAGUUUGUGAAAAAGUGGAAAGCAAGGGAAGAACCACAUACAAUGAGGUAGCAGAUGAACUUGUAGCUGAAUUUGCUGAUCCCGGCAGUAGUUUAGCAACACCAGAUCAGCAGCAGUAUGACGAGAAAAACAUUCGGCGAAGGGUUUAUGAUGCCCUGAAUGUGCUAAUGGCAAUGGAUAUUAUAUCUAAAGAUAAAAAAGAAAUACAAUGGAAAGGACUUCCUCGUACUAGCCUGAGUGAUAUUGAAGAAUUAAAGACUGAACGGCUCGAACUGAGAAAUAGGAUUGAAAAAAAGGCUGCCUAUCUGCAUGAAUUGGAGGAACAGUUUGUAGGUCUUCAGAAUUUGAUACACCGAAAUGAGCAAUUAUAUAGCACAGGAAAUGCUCCCAGCGGCGGUGUGGAUUUACCUUUUAUCCUGGUUCAGACACGCCCUCAAGCAACUGUUGAGGUAGAAAUAUCUGAAGAUAUGCAGCUGGUGCAUUUUGACUUUAAUAGCACACCAUUUGAGCUCCAUGACGACAAUUAUGUUUUGAAGGCGAUGAAAUUUUGUGAGAGACCACAGAGUGAUGAAAUGGCACACAAUUUUUCUGCAGAUGGUGAAGGUUCUAGCAUGUCCGCAAUUUAUCAACAACAGAUCCUUCCUUCCCCAAGGACAAGCAUGCCGGGUGGGCCUCCUACCUCACCGCCCCUCCCCGGAAUAUUGAAAGCACGUGUCAAGCAUGAACAUUGAAAAUUUAGUUUCAUGCUGAGUACCAUGAAAAAUAAUCUAUUUGUACAUUGUGUAAAGUAACUUGCCAGAAGCAUGCCCUGUGAGAUCAUCCUCACCUCCUAAUAUUUUACCCCACAUUAAGCCUGAUUAGUCUGUUUGUUUGAAGGCUUUUCAUGGGGUAUCAGUUCUGGCAAGUCCUUCAGCUUAUAUCUUCAUAAUUUUGUAAUUGCUUUUAUCCUAUUUUCCCAUGCCAUUUUGACCCCACUGUAGUAGAAAUUAGCUUAUUUGUAUUAGAUUGUAGAGAUUUUUCAUUGCAUACGAAAUCAUAGAAUGAACUAGUUUUUAAAACAGCUUUUCACCCUCUUUUUUUUUUUU